GUUGGUGGCGGUUGGAACGGAGUGAUGAGUGCGUUCUCGCGGACCCGGAAUGGAAUGCCACCGUCAGGAGGGGUCGGCAGGGUAUAAAAGGGCCUUCGUGACCGUCCCCCCACCCCAACAGAGUCACAGCCAGGGAGGGCAGCAGGGCACACCAGGCUGAAGGCUUACGCCACAGGGAGGGCAGCAAGGACAUGGGGGGAAGCGCCUUAAACCAGGGAGUCCUGGAAGGGGACGACGCCCCCGGCCAGUCCCCCUACGAACGGUUGAGUCAGAGGAUGCUGGACAUUUCCGGGGACCGGGGCGUGCUGAAGGAUGUCAUCCGUGAGGGAGCUGGUGACCUGGUGGCGCCAGACGCUACGGUGCUAGUAAAAUACUCUGGAUACCUGGAACACAUGGACAGACCCUUUGAUUCUAAUUGCCAUAGGAGAACUCCUAAGCUAAUGAAACUUGGAGAGGAUAUUACUCUGUGGGGCAUGGAGCUGGGCCUUCUGAGCAUGCGGAGAGGAGAGCUGGCCAGGUUUCUCUUCAAACCAACCUAUGCCUAUGGAACACUGGGCUGCCCUCCCCUGAUCCCCCCAGACACCACCGUCCUGUUCGAGAUUGAGCUGAUUGACUUCCUAGACUCUGCUGAGUCGGACAAGUUUUGUGCUCUCUCAGCUGAGCAACAAGACCAGUUUCCACUUCAGAAGGUCCUUAAAGUGGCAGCUACAGAACGGGAGUUUGGCAACUACCUUUUCCGCCAAAAUCGUUUCUACGAUGCCAAAGUGAGAUAUAAAAGGGCCCUGUUGCUUCUGCGCCGGCGAUCUGCACCCCCUGAAGAGCAGCACCUCACGGAGGCUGCCAAGCUUCUUAUUCUCCUCAACCUGUCCUUUACAUACCUGAAGCUAGACCGACCCACCAUAGCCCUACGCUAUGGAGAACAGGCUUUGAUCAUUGACCAAAAGAAUGCUAAGGCCCUCUUCAGGUGUGGACAGGCUUGUCUUCUUCUGACUGAGUAUCAGAAGGCCCGGGAUUUUCUAGUUCGAGCCCAGAAGGAGCAGCCCUUCAAUCAUGACAUCAAUAAUGAGCUGAAGAAACUGGCCAGCUAUUACAAGGACUACACGGAUAAAGAGAAAGAAAUGUGUCACCGCAUGUUCGCUCCCUGUGGCGAUGGCUCUACAGCAGGAGAAAGCUGAAGGUUCUUCACCUGCCAACGAGAGGAGAGAGCUGUGGCAUUCUCCAUCGCUGGGGUGGAAGGGAGCUCCCUAGGGCAGCCGUGGCAGCCGCCUAUCUGGAGCAGGGGCUGGAGUGCCCCGGGCGCGUCUCUGACAAACACCACUGAAAUGUGUUUUCACAGGUGCUGUUUUCUGUUUUUCAUGUUCAUAACAGAGGGGAGGGAAGCGUAGCUACUGACAAGUAGAACACUGCUACUUUUUGGAAGGCAGUUUCUUGUGUUUCAGAUGGAAUUAGUCCUUGGCUUCCCUCCCAGUCCCAGCCCCCCUUCCGGCUGCAAAUGUCCCUGGGUCAACACCAGUAGAGAUUGCUUUGUGUAUUUUCUAGGGUUCUCUGUUUUGAAGAGAGAAUUAUGUUACAAAUGUUUUUGUUGUAAAUAAAUAAAACACUUCCUUGUCUUUGCAA